AAGAGGUUAUUGUGGGCCGAAUAGGCAAUCGUUUGCUUCGGUCUAAGAUCAUAUCAGUAUCACAUGGUUGAGAGAAAAGGGAAGGAAAUGUUGUCGAGAUGAACAUAGUCGGUACACCCUGCUCUGUAUAGGCGAUCCGAGAAUUCGUUUCAACUGUUCAUUGGUUUCACUUUAACAACGAAAAUAUUCCGGGACCUUAUAGCUCCUAUCUGCUGUACUCACGUGAUCAGUGACCUGCGUUGUUAUUAGAAAGUGGCAAUGCAAAACGAGAUAAAGAGGAAUGAUCAAUCCUGUUAGACUGGCUGGAGGAGGUAUUUGUGAUUGUGAGUGCUGUGUUGUUCUCUGAUUUAAUUGCACACCCAAGACAAAAAGUUGAAACCUACCGAAGAAGAAAACACGGGACGUGUACAGAAUGGAGUCCUUUCAAAGCCUUUCAGAAUGUGCCUCUCUGCCCAGGAACAUGAUUGAAAACAGCAUGUUCGAGGAGGAGCCUGAUGUGGUUGACCUGGCCAAGGAGCCUACCACGUACCCCCUGGAGCCCGACGAUGUGGUGUACGAGCCCCGGAGCUCCCGGCUGCUGGUGCGAGGGCUGGGGGAGAAUGAGCUCGAUGAGGAGGAGGAGGACUAUGAGUCUUCAGCCCGUCUGCUGGGAAUGUCCUUCAUGAACCGGAGCUCCAGCCUGCGCUCCAACUCGUCUCCCUACGGCGGGCAGGUGGCGGGCAGGGCCUGCUCAUUCCCAUCUGCAAGGAGUUUGUUGGUUGGGGCCUUUGUCUUGGUGGUCGUCGCCUCGGUCGCCAUGGUCAUUUAUUUCCUGCCCAAGUGUACCUUCACCAAGGAAGGCUGCCACAAAGCCAACCAGUCAAUGGCACUCAUCUACCCCAUAGCUUCCAAAGGUCACCUCUUCCCUUGGACCAGCAUGAGAUUACCUAGAGCUGUCAGCCCGGUCCAUUAUGACCUAACGCUCCAGCCCAACUUGACCACUAUGAAGUUCACAGGCUCUGUUACCAUCACUGUGAAAGUCAAUGAAGACACCAAGAAUGUUGUGCUCCACAGUUCUGGCCUUGACAUCUCUAAGAUUUCCAUCAGCCCUGUUGGGGAAAACCAGCCCAAGCCGGCCCAGUAUGUGGAGUACCACCCCUGGCAGCAGAUUGCAGUCCGGUGUCCCGAAACUCUUCAGAAAGGGAGAAGCUACGAUUUGAAACUUGAGUACUCUGCUAAUCUUUCAGACAGCUACUAUGGCUUUUAUAAAAGCUCAUACCGAGACAAAGAUGGGGAACAAAGGUGGCUCGCUGCGACGCAGUUCGAACCUUUAGCUGCUCGGAUGGCUUUCCCUUGCUUUGAUGAACCAGCAUUUAAGGCUACGUUUCUAAUUAAGAUAAACCGAGAUAAGGAAUACAUCAGUCUCUCAAACAUGCCAAAGAACAAGACUAUUCUUGUGUCUGGUGGAUUUUAUCAAGAUGUGUUUAACAAGAGUGUUACCAUGAGCACCUACCUUGUGGCUUUCAUUGUGGCUGACUUCAAAAAUAUCAGCAUGGAAGCCAAUGGCACUCUGGUCUCUGUCUAUGCUGUUCCUGACAAGUUGGACCAAGUGAAUCAUGCCUUGGAGACAGCAAUAAAACUGCUGGACUUUUAUAAUUGCUAUUUUCAAAUGCUCUACCCUCUUCAGAAGUUAGAUUUGGUGGCCAUUCCUGACUUCCAGGCUGGAGCCAUGGAGAACUGGGGCUUAAUCACUUUCCGAGAGACAUCCCUCCUGUAUGAAAACACCUCUUCUCUGCUGGACAAGCAGCUGGUUACCAUAGUGAUAGCUCAUGAACUGGCCCAUCAGUGGUUCGGUAACCUGGUCACUAUGGAGUGGUGGAAUGAUCUGUGGCUUAACGAAGGCUUUGCGACUUUCAUGGAGUACAUGUCCAUUGAGAGAAUUUUCCCUGAUCUAAAUGUUGGGGACGAUUUCCUGGCCAUGCGCUUCAGGGCAAUGGGUAAGGACUCAUUAAACUCCUCCCAUCCCAUAACGAAUCAGGUGGCAACCGCCGAACAGGUGGAGGAGAUGUUUGAUUCCGUGUCCUAUGAGAAGGGCGCCUCCAUUCUGCUGAUGCUCAAAUCGUCGUUGACCGAAGAGCAGUUCCAGAAAGGAGUAGUUCAUUAUCUAAGCCAGCACAAAAAUGCAAACACACAGAGUGAAGACCUGUGGGCCAGCAUGUCCCAGUUUACAAAGAAGGCUAACAUCACAGAGCUGAUGAAAUCGUGGACCCUUCAGAAAGGCUUUCCAUUGGUAACAGUCACCAGGAACGGCACGAAGAUGACACUUCAGCAAGAACGCUUCUUACUGAGUGUGGACAAUUCAUCUAGCAGCUCCAGCAGCUACCUGUGGCAGGUUCCCCUGACAUCCAUCAACAGCAGCUGCAGUAAUGCCUCAAGCUGCAAGAGUGUGAUCCUGCUGAAGGAGCAGUCUGCCACCAUAUACGUUCCUGAAGAGGUGCAGUGGGUGAAAUUUAACAUUGACAUGGAGGGAUUCUACAUGGUGCAUUACGGUGAAGACGGCUGGAGAGACCUGAUUAUAUUAUUAAAGAGCAAUCAUUCAGCUCUCAGCUACCAAGACAGAGCGAGCCUCAUCAGUGACAUAUUUGGACUUGCCAGGCUGGGCAAGGUGUCUAUUCAACAGGUGCUAAAUCUUACCUGUUACCUUGUCAAUGAGACCAGCACCCCCCCAGUGACUGAGGCACUGCUUCAGCUCAACCAUAUCUACAGACUUCUGGACAAGAGAGGAUUACUGCAACUUACUGCAAGGAUGAAGGCCUAUAUUCUGGAACUUUUUGAAAAACUAAUUGCUAACCAGAGCUGGAAUGAAGAAGUAUCCAUUACUCAACAAAAGCUCAGGUCUUCACUGCUGGGAACUGCCUGCUCUUACAACCACGAGAUAUGCAUUGAAAAAGCCAAGAACAUAUUCUUGAACUGGACAAAAUCUCCUGCCAACGUGAGCAUACCGGCAGAUCUCAUGAGAACUGUAUUCACAGUCGGCAUCCGACACUGUGACGGCUGGGACUCUGUGCUGGAGGCCUACAGCAACUCCUCAUUUGAGGCAGAGAGAGAGAAGAUGUUGCAAGCAUUGGCAAGCAGUGCGGAUAUUAGGAAGCUAAUAUGGCUGAUGCAGACCAGCUUGAAUGGUGAAGAUGUUCGGACACAGGAGCUCCCUCUCAUCCUCACUACCAUCUCUAAGAACUUCGAAGGACACCUGUAUGCCUGGGGCUUUGUCAAAGAAAACUGGGAUAAAAUUAUAAAAAAAUUUAAUCUCGGCUCCUUUGCAAUUCACAACAUUGUCAUGGGAACAACAUCCGAGUUUUCAACACAGGCGCAUCUGUUUGAGGUAAAGAACUUCUUUGGGUCUCUCAAGGACAAGGGUUCUCAGCUAAGAAGCGUCCAGGAAGCAGUGGAGACGAUACAACUCAAUAUCCAGUGGAUGGACAGGAACGUGGAGGCUCUGAGUCACUCUCUCUGAGCUGAGAGCAGUGCUGUGCAGGACACAGGAACGUCCUGCUCUGCUUGGGUUACAGACCAGGAGAGGCCAGUCACCAUGGCAACAGCAGCCUUUGCACUUGUAGGAGUUCUAGCUAGCUCAGGGCCACUCUGAUCCCUUUUAUUUAUAUAGAGAUUUUUUGUUUUGUUUUGUUUUUGGUUAGAACUUUCUUUUCAUUGUUAAUGUGGGUAUGUUAAGCUACAGACCAAAAAAAAAUAAAAUAAAAAAAAAUAUAGUGUAAAUAUGGAGGGAGGUAUUUGUUAUAUAAAGAUAGUGUCAUCAAAAUAGCAUUUUUUUUUGUUACAGAUUUAUGACAAAGCACGAGGAUGGCGGAAAAUGUUUACUGUAUGUGUGUUAUUGUGUGGUGUGUACUUAUUACUACACCUGUAAUGUAUAUACGCACUGCGGUACAGAUAAUGGAUUGCAGGACUGAAUCAGUGUACAGGCUAAUCUAGAAAAACAGUGAGGGGACUUGUCUGUGAUGGAUCUUCUCUCCCUCAAUCAAAUUUAAAAAGUGUAAAACUGCCUGUUCUCUGUAGCUGCUUUUUUGUAUGUAGGCUUCUAAAAAAAACAGCCCAUGCUUUAUUAAUUUCCAGCAGCAGUCUCCAGAAUGACAAGAGCUUCCCUGGAUGGAUGUGUUCUUCAUAGAGUCCUGGGCAUUUGUUUUUCAUGUGCUUAAAACAACGGGAUUCUGAAUUAGAACUUCUUAGUGCGUCCUCACCUCAAUCUCGGAAAGAUUGCUUGGGCUCAUCCUCAGUUAACCCCUCUGUACUUUUGAUGGGGUCAUAACCUUGACGUUGGUCCUAACUGAAUGUACACUAUGCGGUGGCUUUAUAGAACAGCUGAGGGAAAGUUGUUUUGUUUUUUUUCUUUUUCUUUUAAAACCAAAGAAUUUGAAGACAGAUGAAAUUGCACCACAGGCUCGACUGCUGGCUCACACAAGUCUUUAUUUAAGUACACACUGGUGUAAAGAUGUAUAACCUUUAUGGCACUCAUGUUUUUUUUAGAUAAUAAAGAACACAAGGUUUAUUCAUAUCAUUUGACCUUAAGUAAGGAUUAGCAUGCAAUAACUACUCAAUUCUAAAUAUUUCAGAUCUGAAAGAACUACUUUCAGUUUCUUUUAAUGUUCCUUGUUUUAAUUCAGUAUGUCAGUUCUGUAGGUAUAUUUUAACUAGAUUGGUUUUAUUUAAUGGGUUUUGCUCCAAGAGUGGCACAAAUCAUGUUAAAUUGAUUGAAGAUUUACUGUGAGUUAGCUAUGAACCACUUCUCUAAAGUAAAUGAGGGGAAACCUCAGUAGUAGCUUUUAUGAAUGAACAACACAAGCACGUUUUUAUUGCAUGGGGGUGGGGGGUGUCAAACCUUUGCGGCGGUCCCAUUAUAAUUUCGAUCACAUUUCUGAAGCUAAAUUCCUUUUUCAGGGAGUUUUAAAACGUUUUUUUUUGUUUUACAUUCAAACUAGGUACUCGCAGGGUAUACUCUACGAUAGAGUAAAACAUUGUUUUCGUAAUAAUGUUCAGACCUUUAGCAUUUUAGAAAGGUAUAAGACUGUAUAAUGUAGGUGGAUAUUUGCACAGGUACAAGCCCUACAGUCAAGCUAUGUCAGGCGGACCUGGAAAGGGGUGAGUUUUCAGAGUCCGCAAAAGGUUAAGGUAGGCCCCGAAAUCCAUUCAAAUGCCUUGAAGGCUUGCCAAGCCUCGGUGGAGUUUUUAAAAUGGAGUCUACAGUAGAUUGACAUUGAGAGAAUGGAAAUGCAUUGACAAUGGAUAUGCAAGCUCAUGAAGCACUGCUGCUUUUGCGGUACAUUUGUUUCUGUUAUGUUGUUGUUGUCCUGCUGCACUGCCAGGGUUUCAGGGAGGUGUCAGAGGGGUCCAUAUAAGACUGUUGUCCAAUCUUUCUUCUUUCUGUAGAUUUGAGGAUUGUAUUUUGACAUGGAAUGACAAGCAGGACUGUUUUUUUUGUUUGUCGUUUUUUUUCUGGUUUGCUAACAUAAUGGUCCAGAUUAUUAAGUGUUUUUGUUUUGUAUUAUUGUUUUCUUAAUGCAUCCCUUGCUUAUUCAUACAUCCAUUUUGUAUAGCUUCAAGUCAUCACAACCUGCAUGUUGUAAAUCUUUGUGUUGAAGUGGUCAGUAGUUCCUGAGUGCGCCGCAGUUAGGUAUGACUUAUCAGACAAGACUAUUUAACCUGACUGGUCUCCUCAAAUCUUAUCUGGAUCCCCAGAGAUACCUAUUGUACAUAAUUACUGUAGUUGCAAAGCUUUAUUCUUGCUGGAAGUGAUGUUGGCACCCAUGCAUUCAGUGACUUUGUUGUUGCACUGCUUGGUCACUGUUUCUGAGGCAGCUUUUAUUGAUAUUAUGACCACAUGGCAGCGCCCCGUUUGCUAGUAUUUAAAGAGGAAAGUCAUUUAUUUUAAAGGUUUUUUUUAACUUUUUUAUGCUGUUUUUCAGGUAUGUUGAGCGAUUGUGCUAUUCCAAUAUUGAGUUCUGUCUUUUUUUUCACUCUAUCUAUCUGUAUCUCUGCGAGCUUGUCUGGAAUGUUGUGACUACCUUAGACUUCCUCGUUCCAUUGAGGUCCUGCAGGCUGUCAGUGCACCCUCACCUCUCAUGUCUGAGAGGACAUCAGAUUUGAAAGGUCACACCUGGUUUGAAUGGAAUGAGGAGGUCUAUUCAGUGCUGGGAAGCUCUCCAGACAAGGUCAAAGAGAGUUUAAAUCCAGGUAAAGACUGAUUUAGAUACAGACUCUGUAUUGGAAAGUCAGAACCCAGAAACACUCUGAAUGGAUGAGAAGUGGGAUGAAUAACUAUGAUGACAGCAUGAUACUGUACUUUCUCUUUAAUAGGCAUAGCCAGUGAUUGAUAUCCUAAAGUGUUUAAAAAAAAUAAAAAAAUAAAAUAAAAAAGAUUUAUAAGUAGUGCUGGAAAAACACCCGGGGGCCUUUAUUGUUUUUCAUGUUAGCUUUCUUUUCUUUUUCAUUUGUGCCCCUCCGCCUUGAAAGGAAUUAAGUGGCUUCAAUAAACAUGUUAUUUUAAUUCUAACACUGGAAGGAAAGAAAACCUUAAUGUGGUACAAUACUGUCUUCACAGACAGGCCUGUAAUACUUCGUGCCAUCACCAUUAAUCUCUCAGGUUGUAAAUAGAAUCUUAUUGUGUGGUGCGACUACAGAAGAGAUUGCAAAGAGAGCACAGUUACAGAGGGGAGAGGGGCAACGCUGUUCACAGUACAGGGGCAGUGGAAAGACAUUUGCUAGUGCAGCUACCAGGUCAUAUGGAAUCUCAGUAAAGCGUUGUAUACAAUUUGCAGUUUUGUUUACUUUCUCAAAAAAAGCUGCAAAACUCUGCACACUGGAGUGGAAAUCUGUGAUGCAUCAGGCCUGUAGUGUUUCAGAGGAGGACAUUGACCAUUAUUGCUAAAUUAACACUCCAUAAGCCAAUGUGUCAUACAGCCAUCACAAAUCCACACUUCUGUCAUGGAGGGUAAGCACAAGUGUUAAGACUCCUGGUUCCUUUUGUGUGCGUGGCAGUUUUGUUUCUUUUAAACUUGAACGGUGAAUGUAAACUGUGAAGGUUAUUUAAAACGCCUUUAACAAAAGCAGUUUAUAAAAGUAAAAUCAAAGUAAUAAUAAUCUAUAUAUAAUUAUACAUAAAAUAUGUAUUUUCUUUUAUCUCUUCUUUUUUAAGGCUAUUUGUAGGCUUGCAGCUCUUGAAUUUGCCUUGUACUGUACUCUUAAGUUCCAGGAAAAGCCUAUAUAUAUAUAUAUUUCUUUUUUAUUUCAAACUAAUCGUGUUUUGAGCACUGAUAUUGAGGCAUGUAAAAACAUAGUGUGGCUUUUUGUGAUAUGGAAUAAAUAUUUACCUAAAAA